AUGGCAGCUUGCGACGACAUGUGCACGGUCGACUGGUUCCUGAAGAUUAAAAACGGAUUCUACCACGGGUUCCUGGACGCGGCACAAGACGGCAAGGACUUGCGCGAGACGAAGUCGGAUCCUGGCGAUCUGUUGUACCCCGAGCCCUCGCUCCACGGCCACGUCGCGGGGCAGACGGUGUACUGGGCCCUCAGGGACGCCAGCUACGGCAUGAGGGGGACCGUCGUCCGCGGGAGCGGCGCGUACACGGAACCUUGCUUGGUGGUAUCCUUGCAGGGCGAUGACUACCACGUCAAGCUGUGCGCCGUGUCCACCCGCCGCCAAGUGAGGGGCCCGUUUCGAGUGAGUCGGGGGCCGCGCUCGCUUGCCGCGAAGACCAGCGACGGCGGUGAAGAUGCCGCGCCGCGCCUCCAUGGCUAUGCGUUGGGGCAAACGGUAUCCUGGAAGGUCAAGAAGCGCCAGCUUCGCGGGCCACGCAAGGGGAACACAUUGCACGGCAUGAAGGGCGCGGUCGUUGGCGAGAGCGAUGCCUUCUCGGAGCCGUCCUUGCUCGUGGCGUUCAAGGGCGCAGAUUACCACAUCAAGGUCAACGCCAUAGCCACAAGGAGCCCGAAGAAUGGAGUCCGCGCGACGCCGCCCUUCAAACAAGCCAACGCCAGCCAUGCUGCCCACGCUGACUGGGGCGAGGAGAUCGACGACGCCUCGCCGCAGGUUGUCGACGUCGGCGGCGUGCCCAGUGCUGUGGGCCCGGCGCUGCCUUGCAUCACGAUCGGCGCGCGGCUACUCUUCGCGGCGCUGCUAAACGCCGCACGCGGGCCCAUUUGCAUUCGCAAGGCGCUGAAGCACGUUCAGAGGCCAGAUCAUGAUGCGGGCCCAGAUAAAUACUUGGUGCACGUCUUCUUUCACUUCGUUGCCGUGAAAGUAUUCGAGGACGGGUACGACGUCAUCGAUGGCGACCAGCGGUGCCAGUUCGACGGCCCGAUCAGCUCUCUCGAAACAUUCUUGGGAUCAGAUGCCACUUGGUACCGCGUCGUCGACAUCGGGGAGAUCUCAGACCAAGGCGAUGUAACGGAUACAGAAUCAGACUCGGACAGGCGCGCGUUUGGCGCUAUGUUGCAGCGCUUGUACGAUGCCGAGGAAGCGUUCGACAAUGGAGAAGCUUCGCCACGUUCAAUUGACAUUGACCCAUUGAUCGACGUACAUGCUUUUGAUGCUUACUUGAGGCGCCUAUACCUCGUCGAGGAAGCUUCGAGUCAUUCAGGAGACAGCGAUCUAGAUGUUGAACCUUUUGAUGCGCUGCCGCAGGAUGAUGACUUGUUUCAUCCUCGGCCGAACCGCGUUCCCGACAUGGUAGCCUUCCUCGACGUCGCUGGAUCUGAUGGAGAGAGUACCAGAGACGGCGACGCUAUUCUGGAGUACACCGCCGAUGGGACAUCUUCGACGGCGCCAUCCGUGGAUACUUUGGGCGGCAUGGAUUCUGUCGAAUUGUACACGGCGGAGACUAAGCGGCGGAUUCUUGACAAGUGGGAGCCAGAUAAGUUCAGGCGUCUCCAGGCGCGUCCAGGGCCUACGUUGGUGUCUGAUGUAGAGCCCGCGAAAUUCGACGUCAGGGCAGCGGUGUCGCAAGUGAUUAACAAGACGAACGAAUUGUUGCAGGCGUGGGACCCGCAGCCAGCGGGCCUUGAAUACUUCUGCUUAAGAGUAAUAGCGAUGUGCGUUAUGGAGCCGCUGCACUGGAACCCUACCAACGAUCUCCUCAUUGCGCGAAUCGCUGCCUUGGCACUUGACGACACCAUUGCGCACCCAGACGGCGUAUAUUUAUACCGGCAGGGGUCGUUCGGGCGAGUGGAAGAUUUUCCCACGGCGUACAUGUACAAGAUUGAACGGGUGUUGUCCGUUACACAAGUUGUUCUACUUCGCAUCAUGAACGGGCAGGUCCCGCGCGACUUAGUUAACGUGUUUCAGUUCCUGGAGAUCGAU